GUUGGUGGCAGAGCUGGAAUUUAAAUUCGGAACCCUCCGACUCUGGAUGACUCCAACUCCUACCGGUCUGUGAGCGAGGCCAACAUGGCGGCCCAACGUGCGGACUCGAGCUGCGAUGUGGGGCAGGUGAGACUGGCUUUUGAGGACAAAGGCAUAAAGAGGUUCAUCUGGAUCAUUGCCCUGGUCUUGGCCUCUCUGGGUUACCUGCUUGUACUGGUGACCUCCAUCUUUCCUUUCUGGGUACGUCUGGUAAAUGAGGAGUCCCAUGAAGUGUUUUUCAGUGGCCUGUUUGAGGACUGUUUCCAUAUGAAAUGCUUGCAGCCUCAAGCCUUUUCCGCUUACAUCUUCCUCGGCCGGAUCUUCCUACUCUCUGCAGUCGUCUUGGCCUUGCUUACCACCUUCUUCAUGGUGUCGUUUGCAUCCAACUUCUUCUGGGGGAUCCAGAGGCCCAGUGUCAUGUCAGGCUUCAUCAGCUUUCUCACAGGGACCUGUGGCUUCCUGGCCUUGUUGCUGCAUGCCUUGGAGAUCCGUGAUCUGAGGAUGAACACCAGCCACCUACAGUUCUCUGUGCAGUGGCCUUACUACAUCCUGGGCCUUAGCAUCCUUCUGUUCCUCCUGGCUGGUGCCAUCUGCCUGUCUCAAGAAGCAACCCACCAUACCUGCCAUUUUUUGCCCAUUUUCCAGAGGUCUGAGGAGACCCAGGGUACCUCACAUCUGGUGAGGCUGGAGAGUUUGGGAGGAGGACAGAACUCAGUACAAAAGGGGAUGCUGCUGCAGGAUGAGACAACUAUAUAGUCCAGGAUAAUGUUUCUUACCCUUCCCCCAGCUGUGUGAAGAUAUGCCUGUUGCUUCUGAUUGUCAUAUCAACCAUCCCCCCGGA